AUGGAUAAUCGGAUUAAGGAGGAAUACGGCUUCGAUUCUCGACUUACAAACAUUCUGGAUGACCUUCAAAUUGAGUAUGGCUGCUGUGGCGGAUCGAACUUCUCCGUUUACAAUGCCUCGAGGUGGGCAAACGAGGAGAGCAGAAUUUCCGCGAGGAACGGACCGGUGCCUGACUCCUGCUGCAUCAGAAACAGGACAGGAGAAAUUGCCUCCACCUUUUCUUGCCAUGGUGUUGAUUUGAUCUCGGCGGACUCGAUCUAUGUUCGCGGCUGCUUCAGUGUUAUAGAAGAGGGGGCUGAUUCAAUUCUACGUGGCAUCGCCGGCGCCUCCUUCUGUCUCGGCACCAUAUGGGUGCCGUUACGUUCUGCGUGUUUCGGUACUGCACGAAGGAACACCGUGUCUAAUGCUGCUUUGGAGAAUAACUGUGAUCGUGAAGAGUAA